GUUCCCACAAACCAAAGCGAUGUGAUCUAUGACAAUGAUGGGAUGCAAAUUGGUGCAAUACGUUCAUUAAAUUAGCCUCCAUUUACCUGAUUCUCUUCUCUUUCUCUUUCUUCCAAGGGUUUCCUAAUUCCUCACGAGCAAAGGUCCGGCGCUGGAAUAAGGAAUGGUGGGAGGACGCAGUGCGUGGCGAAGGCGGGGGUAGCGUCGUCCCGAACACGCCUGGUGGGUCAUUGCGCACUUGGCGAUUAUCCCUGCUUAUCCCUACUGAUUCUUCCCUCCAAGAAAUCGAGGCUCUUCGCCCGAAGUCUCCGAACCGAGGUCAAUCGACUAAUCGGCACUCACAGCAAUUCGGGGCUCCUCCGCCUGCGGGCUUCGCCAUGGGAGGCAUAAUGGGCGAUAUGCAGGUCGGGAUGGGUGUGGGAAUGGGUAUGGGUAUGAACCCGCCUAUGGGAAUGGGCUCACCUUUCCCACCUGUAGUGGGUGGAGGGAUGAAUAUCAACAUGAGAAUGAAUACGCCAUCGUUUACCUCACUUCGGCCAACCCCAAGCCGAGCGAUGGGCGGCCAAGGUCAGAUGACUCCUUAUCACCUCAAUCCUCCUCCCCGAUUCCAACAACCUCAGCCGUCACCGCCACAUUUCAAUCAACCUUCAAUGACGCCUAGCUUUAAUGCUGCUGACGGUUUCAUGCCACCCCAGCCUUGGGGUCAUGCUUCCCCCAUGGCAAUGCCAGGAGGCGGAGGGAUGUUUCCGAUGGGUAACAUUGGGGCAAAUCCCGGGAUCGCUAUGGGCAUGGGUGCUAUGGGCCCCUUUGGAGGUGGCGGUGGCAAUUUGAAUAUGGGAAUGAACCAACCUGGUCCAAUGACCGGUGGGCCGAUGAGCAUGGGCAUGAAUAUGGGUGCCGGAAUGCCUGCCGGUGGCCCAGGAUCCUUGUUUGCAGGGGGAGCACCAAUGGGUGUUAAUCCCCUAGGGAUGGGUAUGGGGAUAAUGGAUCCUAAUUCUGGAAUGGGACUGAACAUGCCCAUGAACAUGGGCAUGAAUAUACCGUUAGGCAUGAACACCAUGCCCAUCGCUCUCUCUCCAAAUCGUGUGCCUGGAUCCGCCCACCCACGGCAUCAGCCUUUUGGCGGUGUUACUGGAGGCAUGCAACAUCAGCAACCACAGCAGCAGCAACAACAACAACACCAAUAUCGUACUCCCAAUCAGGGACCGACAGGAACGGCGAUGAGACGCGGAGGGCAACAAGGGACGCAUAUGGGUCCCGGUAUGGCCAUGAGGGACGAAACUAUGAUGACGGCAACUCCAAUGCAACAAACCACAUACCCGUUCCACAUGUCAGGACAUCAUUCUCAUUCUGGUGGGGCGAGUGGUUCAGGUGAAUGAGUAGUACCCAAACGUGCCGCCGCAACCCCUCGUAACCCUCCGUCUCUUUUCGUCACUUCCUCGGUUUCCACAACACUCAAACAACAAUGCGCAAAGUGCCAGGGCCAACGAUCUUUGCUGAUCUUUCUUCCUGGCUCCACUCUUCCCUAAUGCUAUGCGACUUUCAAUCAUUUUUUUUUGUUGCGACCUCUCCGAUCCCAUCCUCCAUCGGUCU